UGAUUCAACAGAAAGCUCAUCUCUUUUUUUGAGUUUGUUGCUUUUUGAGUGUUGUUUUUUUCUGAAGCAGUGCACUGCUCUGACACACUCUGUGGCCACAUGAUUGCUGUAUCUAACAUGGGGAUGCCAGAGGGAACAGAUUUCCAGAAGAGCUACAACAGAACCAUCCUUGGCAACAACAACUGGCAGUUAGGUUGGAUUAAGUGGAACAUGAAACCACUGUAGGGCAGAAAAGUAGAUGACUCGGACUGUAAAUUAAACAGAAGAUGGAGUUAUGGAAACAGUCAGCUGGCAUUCCCCUAUUCUGCUGAAAAGGUAGCACUUGAAAAUUUUUGUUCACAUCCCAGAUUUGAAUCUCUGAUGUGCUGCGUAUGCACAAGACUGAACACCUGAGCGUAUCUGCCUCAUUUGUUGUAUAUAAAAGAAAUUUUUUAAUGGUACGUGCUUCUAUUGAAGAUGAUCAAAGAAAGAAUUCAGGAUUUUUAGUGCGGAGUAGGUUCUUCCUCAUGUGACAGAAGCCAGUCUUAGUAGAAAGAAUGUGAAAGUAAAAAGGUCAAUAGAAUUGUAGUCCAGCGUGCCUUCUGGGCUAACCCAUCAGCCGAGGAAGGAAGUUCAAGAAAAAGCCUCUGUUUUUAAUAUGCAGUUGGACUUAACUGGGGCAGUUCCCAGCCUUAUAGUUGCCUUUGUUGUUGUAGCUAAUGGGGAUCGCCAGGGACGCAAAAGGUCUUUAGUUUUACCAUCAGUGGGAGCUUUGAUUGCUGAUAUUUGCCUCACUGUAAUAUCAUAUUUUUCCUUAUCACUCUCUAUCCUAUUUGCGGUUGCAUUUAUUACUGGACUGUUUGGGAGUAUGGCAGCUUUCCUUGGAGGAGGCUUUGCUUUUAUAGCAGACGUGUGUCAUGAUGAGAAGCAGAAAACAACACGAAUAGCUGUGGUGGAUUUGAUUUUUGGAGUUGUAUCUGGAUUGGCAGGACUGUCAUCUGGCUACUUUCUAAGAGGAAUAGGCUUUACAUGGACAUUUGUGACAGCAUCUCUGCUUCAUGUUGUUAAUAUUAUCUAUAUUAUAUUUUUUCUGGAAGAUACAGUAGGCGUAUCUGAAUUUCAGCACGAGGCACCAAUAUCCUGUAAAGAACUUCUUAGAGAGACAUUUUCUGGAGUGUACAUGCUUUUUAAAACUGCCCCUUAUAAAAAGAGAAUUUUAAUAAUUGUGUUACUUUUUACAUUUAUGACUUACUUGUUUACUAUGGUUGGUGGGAGUUCGCUUUUUACACUGUAUGAACUGGAUGAGCCACUCUGCUGGAAUGAAGUAUACAUUGGAUAUGGAGCAGCUGCGUUCACUUCUGUUUCUCUGACCAGUUUUUUAGGAGUUUACUUAUUUUCUAAAUGUCUCAAAGACAUUUAUAUUGUCUUUAUCGGGAUAUUUUCUUACGUUGGAGGAAUGGUCAUGGCUGCCUUUGCCAGAACUACCCUGCUCAUGUUUUUAGUCAGAGUGCCAUCUUUGCUCUGCUUUAUGCCUAUUCCUGUUCUCCGAUCCAUGCUGUCAAAAGUGGUUCUCGCUGGUGAACAGGGUGCUGUGUUUGCUUGUAUUGCCUGUUUAGAAGUUGUGACCGGCACUAUUUCACUUUCAGUUUUUAAUAUUCUCUAUGCAGCUACGGUUGCAUGGUUUUCAGGCUUUAGCUUCCUCCUAUCAGCAGGCCUUUGUCUAAUUCCACUGGCUGUCCUAUGCUGGCUUCUGUGCACAAGCUGGAAUGGGGAGGACUUGGCUCUGCUUGUACCUGAAGAAGUAUCCAGCAUAGAGAGCGUUGAUAGUUGAACAAAGGAUUCACCUACCUGGGUUUUCUGAUUUGACAUGUAGUGGCAGAGACCAUUAUGUCAUACAGAGACCAUAGAGAUAACACAACAGUUGCAGAUGCAAUCUCAAAGUGGCCCUGCAGCAAUGAGCACUAAAUUGGUAGCACUCUAUAUCCAGUCUCUUUUUAGCACUUGAAUAAAGCUAGCUCUUAUACUUAACUAUGCAAAUAGGCUGGCAAUGGAGAUUUUAAUGCUGCUUUCACCAUGAAGAAAAAAGUAAGGUAGGAUGAUACUCUCUUUCCACUUACCCUUUCUCAAGUUUGAGAAUGUCAGCUGUGGAUUGUGAUCCAUCUUCUAUCAUUCUAAGUGGGGUGACAGAGAGAAGCUUAUCAACUCGGAGGGUGCUGGCAAUUCUGCUGAAGCCAGUGGAGCUCACGCCAGCUGAGGAUGCAGUCCGCUGUGUACAUCUUAAAAGGCCUGUCUUAAUGGUGAAGCCCCCAAACCUGUCUAAAAUUACUAAACUAAAAGGUAGUUUUUUCAGAAAGGAACCAAACUGGAGGCAGUACUUGCAUCUGCUGUAAGUCGACUUACUGCUCUGCAGUUAGCAGAGAGUGUUUGUGCAAGUUUAAUGUAUGAUGUGUGGACCAUGCCUGUGACUUCGUUCUUAAAAUGGAUUUUCACACAGAACUGUCAUACUUAGAAAAUUUCCAGCUUGCAGAGUGUGAAGUUAGGCCUAUGCCUACAUUUUGCAGAGGCCAUAUUGCACAUUUAUUUUUAUCGUUUUCCAUAUAUUGGGGACUGCGUACAGACACUUCUAUCUUUUGUCCCAUAGGUAUUUCUUGUUGUCUAGUUAAGUAAGUUGGCUGUACUUAGCUUAAAUGUUUCUUCUAUUGAAAGGCUGUAAUAGCAUUUCUUUUCAGUGGAUCUUUGAUUAUUUUUUUAACAACCCUGAAAUGAGGUGACCAAAUCUGAAUCAUGCAUCUAAUCAUCUUGCAAUGAAUGCAGCAUAAUUUACAAGCACUUGAACAGCAUUUCUCAUUUUCAAAGCACUUUACAAAUGCUGUUAAGAACCUCCUUCCAUAAUAGAUAUUAUCCUCCCUGUUGCAGAGAGAGAGAAAUUAACAGAGAGGACAAGUGACUUGCCCAGGGCCACAGUGCAAACUGGUGAGACUGCCAAACCUAGGAAUCAGUUUCUGCAUUGACUCUUCACCUUUUUGCUUGAGAUCUUUAAGUAGAAAUUAUCCAGAGGAUUAGCUUUUGGAAUGCACAGCACAGCAGAAGCACAAAUACAACACCAUGUUAAGGACCACUCCCAUGUUUUUUUCAGAGAGAGUUUGACAGCCAAUACUGUUCUGAUCCCUGAAGGUACAGGUAGGUUGUAUGUGACUCUCUUCCCCCAAAACAGAUUAGGUAGAGAAAUCAAAAUGAUGUAAAGUGGUUGACAUUUACAGAAGGAAAACUCUAGGAAAGCAACUAUGAUGUGGGAACUGACUUCACAUGCACACAGCAUAGGAUAAAAGUGAAGACACACAUAGCAUAUGCUGUGUAAUCAGUGAUCUGCUCACAGCCAUUAAUAUCCAUCAUAUGAACAGAGUACUUCUGCAGAACUCCUCGGUGGUACUCCACCAAAAAAUAUUAGUACCACAUCAUGAUGAUACUAUUGUAGAUCCUUUUAGUUUGAACAACAGCAUUGUUUCCAAGCUAUGUAUUGUGAUCACAGAGAAGUUUGGAAGAGGGUUCAAAUAAGGUAAAGGAGAGUUUACACUGUCCAGGAGACUACUACCUACUCGUCACUGGUGAAAACAAUGGCAUUUAUCCAGGACAGGGGGAAUGAAUAUUUGCACAGCUAACAGCUAUAGCCAGCUCUUACGCUUCUGUCCUGAACUACCAAGGCUGAUGUUGGCAAUUAAAGAUCAUUAGCUUUUCCUAGCUAGUUUAGACACUAGCCAGUAAAUAAAACUGCUUAACUCUCCUCCCUUGAGGUGCCCAAGUUGCUGCCAACUUGUUGGAGAAGGAAGCUAUUUUACAAUAAUCAGUGGGUCCAAAACAUAAUGAGUACUUGUAGAGAGAUUAAGAAAACACUGAUGUGAAGGAUUUCAGCACAAAGAUUACAUUGUCUUCCUUGCCUCUUCAUUAUGCAGUUAUGUAAGGCUUUAUGAAAUUAACUAUUUCACACAAAACUGUCUGGAAAAAGUAAAGCAAAUGAAGAAGGGGUGUGCGCCUUCACUUCCUCUUCUUCAGUGCACACCUCUGCUAGCACUCGGAAGGUAGCAACAAAGCAAGCCAGUUCCGCAGUGGUGGUGUGUCGGUCCAAAUGAGAACAAGCACGUGCACUUCAGGAAUGGCUUUGUUAUGGUUUGAUUUUGCUGUACAAAGUACUUGCUGUUUGCAAAGUAUUUCUGGUAGACGCAACGUUUAGAACUGGCUGUAAGUUUAGGUCAAAACACAUGAAGGAUAUGAACUGUGUUUUUAAAGUGCCUAGCACAGUGCAAGCUGAGGAAACCAGGUACUAAUGAAUUUCAGAUUAUUAAAUCAAAAUCUUCCAAGUUUAUAAUAGUUGCUCUAUUUGUAUAUGAAUGCAAAUUAUUUUGACAUAAAUUAAUAAUGAAGUUUGUUUUUUUUAAACGCUA